AUGAGUUCUAAUUAUGAAACUAAAGACUCUGCCACUCCACUUGCUGAAACUAACGUAAAAAAUGUUACCGAAUCGUCUAAAGACGCACCUUCGUCGGAAGCGACUAGUGGCUGUAUUGAUAACGACCCGGUUUCCCAUUCCCAAAACACACAAGAUCUACCUAAGUUCUCUAUAUCUGGCCAAGGUAAUUCGAAAGUCUCUGUACAAAAUUCUGAAAAUGAAGAUGAGUUUGAUGAUCCCAACCUGGAUGAUGAUGAAAUGGUUACCGUUACUAAUUUAUUAGCAAAUGAGAUAGAACUAUUGAACAAAUUAGAGGAAGAUGAAGAAGUAAGUAUACUAGGGCAAAGAAACAAUUCUAAAUCUGAUGACAUUAGCAGCAACAACCCUGAUGAAGUGAUUGACUUGAAUGAUUCUGGUAGCAUAAAUAUUGGCGUUGAUAAUGAGUUAGAUGAAUCAAAACUUCUAAUGGAUACGGAUGAAGAAAUGGUGAAUGACACUGAACAGCCUUUUGACAGUACAGAUCAAAUAGAAUCACCUAAGAGAACAUUGAAGGAUCCUAAUAUUAUGUUAGAGAUACCUGUAGAUUUAGACUUAAGUGAUGAUGAUUGUCCAUUAAGAGAAAGUUGGAAUAUAUUUAAUAAAAAAAGUAAGUCUUCUCCAGAUAACAUUGCAGUCAUUGAUAAUAAUAUUCAUAAAGGUGACAGCUCUAAUAAUGUUGAAAGUCUUUUACAUAAGUCUGUCAAAGAUGAAGAAUUGACUCUUGACCAUGAGGUUCCAAUCCCAAAAAAAGAAAAACCACUGGUUGUUGAAGUAAUUGAACUGUUAGAAGAUGAUGAUAUUACAGAACCUGAAGAUAUUCCGAAAAAAAAAUUAUUAUCAGAAGAAGAAGAAUUGCAAAAUGCUGUUCAGGGCAUUGAAGCUGACAUGAGAGAACCUUCAGUUGAUAUUAUAACAUGUGUUAGUAUUUUAAAAGAUCCAUCUGAAAAUAUAGUUCAAGGUCAAGAAUCAUGUGAAAUUAAAGAAAAUAUUGAAACAAAAUGUCUUCUCGAACACGAACAUGAAAACACGUAUUUGAAAGACUCAGCAGAUGUUGUCAAUGAUGUGUCUAAUAAUGUGUAA